AUGGAGAAAAUUCACAGUGAAACUUUUAAUGAUUGGUUUAAAGCUAAAGUUAGGGAAAUGGAGCAAGCAAAUGGUUGUGAUAGUAUUCAUGAAGACAUUCGUCACUUGGCUGUUGGUCCAAGUAGAUGGGCUAGACGAUAUUCCGGCGAAACUGAAGAUGAUAGUUACAUACAACAACCUAAUGAUGUGGAUAUUGUACAUAAUGACACAUCGUGGGCUAGAGCAGAUGUUGAAGGUGUCACACUUGACCCACCAAGUCCCAAGGCUAAAAGGAGUCGCCGCUUUGGUGAAGUUGACCCUAAUGAUUUAAGCUCAAGUGACGAAGAAAUAAUGUACGCUAGUGAUGGAUCUGAUGCUCCAAGUGAUGAUGAUGACUUUUUUGAACAAAGAAAUGUGGCAAAUGAGGAUAGCGAGGCUUAA